CCAAGUUUCUGGGCUACACUGGGGGCAGGGUCAGAAGUCUUGAGGGGCGGGUGGUGUUCUGAAAAGUCGUGAGCGCCGCCCUGCUGGGACCCAAAUUCCUUGUGGGAACGAUGAUAAGGAACAGGUUUACAGAUUAUAAGGGCAAGCGCGGGAGAGGAGGGACAUCCAGGUAGGACAAGGACUUUUGGAGGGAGGUCAGAGGGCACGAAGUUGUGCCUGCAGCGGUUACCACAGUAACCGGGUACCGGAUGUGGCGAUCUUAGGAUGCGACAUCCCUCUCUUCUCAGGCCUUCUGGGCCGAGAGCCUGUCGACUCUAUGGCACACUGUGAGGAGACGGUUGUGGGGUUUUUUCAGCGACGGGAGAAGAGAGGAAUUAUUUUUCUAAGCUUUUAUACAAACGCAGCAAAGGGACGGUCUGAGAUUGCCGCCAUGCCUGGCAGAGACCGAGGGAGGCAGUUGGUGUGAGAACGCGACCGCACAAAGGACCCCGCAGCCUUCCGGAAGUGAAAUGGCGGGAGCCUCAGCCUCACUGUCCACCGCCCCCCCGGAAGCGGAAACAGAAUCCCAGCGUGCCCCUUCCUCACUGCCCUCCAAAUCCCGCUGCAGCCAUUGCCGCAACCACGAUGCCGAAACGAAAGAAGCAGAAUCAGCAGCAGCAGCAGCCGCCGCAGCAGCAGCCCCCACUCCUAGAGCGGGAAGAGACUGGAGAUGAGGAGGAUGGGAGUCCCAUUGGACCACCCAGCCUUCUGGGCCCUCCCCCCAUGGCCAAUGGAAAGCCUGGUGACCCCAAGUCAGCUCUUCACAGAGGUCCUGCGGGAUCAAGGGGGCCAAUGAUUCCACCACUGCUGAGUCUCCCACCUCCUCCCCGGGGUAGAGGCCCAAUUCGGGGAGGCCUGGGCCCCAGGUCUGGCCCAUAUGGUCGUGGUUGGUGGGGAGUCAAUGCUGAACCUCCUUUUCCUGGACCAGGUCAUGGGGGUCCCUCCAGGGGAGGCUUUCACAAAGAACAGAGAAAUCCUCGAAGGCUCAAAAGCUGGUCUCUUAUCAAAAAUACCUGUCCGCCCAAGGAUGGACCCCAGGUUAUGGAAGACAAAUCAGACCGCCCUGUCUGCCGACACUUUGCCAAAAAGGGCCACUGUCGAUAUGAGGACCUCUGUGCCUUCUACCACCCAGGCGUCAAUGGACCUCCUCUGUGAGACUGUGCCUUCCCAUCCAGGCUGGAAGGAGCCCUCUGUGACCUAGCGGCCAUAUAUUUCCCUGUGGCCCUGUGAUGGCUACUGGGAGGCUGUUCCACCCACCACCCUCAGUCAGUGACGCCCACCCCCACCUGCCACCUCCCCCAUUUGGGGUCCAGAGUUGUGUUUCAUCACUGGUGCACGGUGUGCGCUCUUUCUUCUGAUCCAGCCUCCAGAGACUCGCCUUCAGGACCCCAUCUUUGCUCCCUUCAACUGCCUCCUGGAUCUUCCUCCCCCUCGCCAACUGACUGCUGAACAGGAAACCUCUUUGGUGCUGUUUCUCGUGCAUCUGUCCACCCAGCCCCCAUACUGCCCUUGGUCCUGAGAGCCCUGGAGUAGUUUCCUAGCAUUCCCUUCUUCUAGCUGCUUGUUUUAAGUCUUUUUAUGUGACAGCCCUCAUCCCCAGUGUUGUCAGCUGCUCUGUGAAACUCACCAGGUUGUGUGACCUGGGGUCAGGUUUGGAUGACUGGUACAGAGUCAUUCCCGGCAAGGCCACUCCCUGCUCUUGGAUUUCAUAGUUUCUGCGUCAGUAGCAUGAUCUCCACUGCUACGGUCUGUGAUCACUGUACUUUGUGAAACUGUACAUCCCCUCGUAGCCUUUCUCAGUGUCCGUGGCAUUUUUGUGACUUCCCAACACUAGAGUAAGUUUUUCUGCCAAAAUGAGUGAGGCUCUUGGUGCCCUCUAGACGUUCCCCACCUCCCAACAUGGGAGAAUUGUGAAACCUUCCACAAGACUGCCUCGGUGGUCCUCCCCAUUCUCCCAGUGUCGGUUUUUCUGGGUUUGACACAGGGCCAUGAGUGUCCUUUAAAGCCUCUGAUGGGCCUACCUUAUCUCCUCUCCAGCCCAUUUUAGUUAGACUACGUCAUUGUGAGGCCACCAGCCCUUUCAUUUGAAUUCUGUGAAUCUCCACCUAGCCUACAGUUGGGCGGAACCUGGACAGUACUGUCGCCCUCUUCCAGUCCUCUUCCCCGACACCCCUGGCACUGGUUGUUUUCUGUGAAAACAGCAGUGAACAGUUUCAGUUUUGAACUGGCCCUGAGGAAAUGGGUCAGGAGUUGUGUGGGCAAGAGGGAGGGAUGAGAGCCGUUGGAAAACUGAGAAUGAAUUUUUUUUCUUUUUAACAUUUUUUAUAUUAGUAAUAAACACAGUGGAAACAAGCAUUUUCUUUAA